AUGUACGCCCCGCGAGUGGAGACGACGGCCCAUCCGCACUGGAGACAGUACGACGAUAAAAAGCCCACGGCGACGCUGAGCUCGACGCUACGCAUGAACGGCAGCGCGGCCCGGACAUCGUACGCCCCGCCGCGGCCGAGGAUGGAGAGGCGGAAUACGGGGAACGGAGGGAUCGUUGGCGCGAUACAGAGCGUGUUGCCAGGCUCAGCGAAAGAGGCGCUGCCACUGCCCGUCGGGGGAGGCCCGAGCGCCCGACACCGGAAACUGCCGUCUCUGGCCGACGUCAAGAGCGCGGUGCCGCCCAUCGCGCUCGAGCUGCCCGACCCGAGCUCCGUCCGCUUCGUCCUCCUCUGCGCGCUCUGGUACACCUCCUCCGCCCUCUCCAGCAACACCGGCAAAGCGAUCUUGAUCCAGUUCAGGUACCCCGUCACGUUGACGUUCGUCCAGUUCGGAUUCGUCGCGGGAUACUGUCUGCUGUUCAUGAGCCCCCUCGUGCGCUUCAGCCACUUCAGGGCGCCGAGCAAGGCCAUUCUCAGGGACACGCUUCCGAUGGGCCUCUUCCAAGUCGGAGGCCAUAUCUUUUCCAGUAUGGCCAUCUCUAGGAUCCCGGUUAGCACGGUACACACUAUCAAGGCACUAUCACCGCUCUUCACCGUUGCCGCCUACGCCCUCCUCUUCAACGUCCGGUAUACCGCCAAAACAUACAUCUCGCUCCUACCAUUGACAUUCGGCGUAAUGCUCGCAUGCUCAUUCGACAUGUCCGCGUCGAACCUCAUCGGACUGGCAUGUGCAUUCGGCUCGGCGCUCGUCUUUGUAUCGUCGAACAUCUUUUUCAAGAAGAUCAUGCCGACGCCCAGCUCAGCCGGCAGUGGCAAUGCGUCGCAUCAUAAGCUCGACAAGCUCAACCUGCUGUUCUACAGCAGUAGCAUGGCGUUUCUGCUCAUGAUCCCCAUCUGGCUCUGCACCGAUCUCCCGGCGUUCCUCGCGGCAUCCGGGGACCCGACACACGUCGCACACCCAUCUCACGCACGCGAGGCGACACACGGCGUACCCUUGUACCUCUUCAUGAACGGCACGGUCCACUUCGGACAGAACAUCAUCGCGUUCAUCAUCCUGGCCUCCGUCUCGCCCGUGACGUACAGCAUCGCGAGCUUGUUCAAGCGCGUAGCCGUUAUCUGUAUUGCGUUGGUGUGGUUCUCCCAGAGCCUACACGUCGUGCAGAUGCUCGGCAUCGGGUUGACGUUCUUCGGCCUUUGGUUGUACCAUGGCGCCAAGGGAGACGUUGCAAGGGGAGAGGCGGCGAGGAGAGGUGUCGAGGCAAGAAGGGACGGCGCCCUCCCGCUUACAAGGACAGAACAACGCGAGAUGGACCUCGGCGCGCACGCCAAACCGCCCACUCCAGCACAACUGGACAUGAACUUCACGGACAACGCGCCGGCAUGGUCUAACACGUCAGGCGCAGAGCCUACCAACACGCUCACGCCCGCACGACCGCAUUUCAGGCAAAACGGCGGAGCGGGUGCAGGGCUCGUUAUCGACAUCCGUAAACCGGGCGAGGCGGAUGCGCCGGACGCGUACCCCAGUCCGCCGGCGAGCGUCGACUCGCCACCGCAUACAGCGACGCUCAUCUCGCCCUCGCGCGCAUGA